AUGGUCAGGACACAGGUGGGCGGUGCCAACUGGCCCCUCCCCCCGCAGAGCUUCGGCUCCGCCCCUCCCGGCCCCUUGCCCGGCGCGGUGGGCGGGGCCGGGGGGGCUGCCCUGGGGCCCCCGCUGGGUCUGGGGGCGCCCGAGGGGCACCGGGGGUCGCCCCCCCACGAUUACCUGCCCAUCGCCGUGCUGACCACGCUCUGCUGCUUCUGGCCCACGGGCGUGGUGGCCAUCGUCAAGGCCGUGCAGGUGCGCACGGCGGUGGCGCGGGGCGACAUCGUGUCGGCCGAGAUCGCCUCCAGGGAGGCGCGGAACUUCUCCUUCAUCAGCCUGGCCGUGGGCAUCGCCGCCAUCGUGCUCUGCACCAUCCUCACCGUCGUCAUCAUCAUCGCCGCGCAGCACCAGGACAACGACUGGGACCCCUGAGACCCCCAAAACCCGAAAAAACCCGGGAAAAAAUCACCC